AUGCCUCGCAGGUGGACCUUGACUGGCCAAAGCGGCUUUGAGACGAGCCUCAAGUACAAGGAACACGUGCCGAAGAACGAAAAGCUGGGACCUAACGAGGUUUUGGUGGAGCUCCACGGUGCCAGCUUGAACUAUCGCGAACUCGCAAUUGCGGAUACAGAGGGUACAGCCGCAACCGCCGGCGUCAUUCGACAGCACGUUGUGCCUGGCUCUGAUGGUGCUGGCAUUGUCAAGGCGAUUGGCAGUUCUGUGACGACUUUCAAGACUGGUGACCAUGUCGUCACGCAUCUAGCCCCUGGACACGCCGAGCGUUGUGGUGAUGAUGAGUUGCCGGUUUACCAAGAUAUUGUAGAGGGUCUUGGCCAGACAGUUGACGGGACUCUACAAUCGGAGGGCAUCUUUACGGAAUCUGGGCUAGUCUCUAUCCCUCAAUCUCUCAGCUGGCCGGAAGCUGCGACCUUAACCUGCAGUGGUCUGACAGCUUGGAACUCCCUUUUCGGCCUUAAAGGUAGACAACCCCGUUCCGGUACGUGGGUCCUUGUCCAAGGGACAGGCGGUGUGAGCAUUGCCGCACUUCAAAUGGCGGUAGCUGCUGGGGCCACCGUCGUCGCCACGACUUCAUCCGUGGAAAAGGAGGAGAGACUAAGGGCACUCGGUGCGAGCCACACGAUCAGCUACCGAGAGAACCCCGAUGACUGGGGUGUCAAGACUAGGGGAUUCACUCUGAAUCAGGCUGGCUUCGACAUUGUUGUAGAUGUCGCUGGCAACGAUUCUCUCUCUCAGUCACUCACUGCGGUGAAAUCAAACGGAGUGGUUGUCUCUGCGGGCUUAGUUGGAGGCAAGGCUGAAGUUGUGCCCAUGCUAGCUGCUCUCAUGCGUCCAUGCAUUGUCAGGGGUGUGAUUUUGGGCAGUCGGGCUCAAUUCCGUGAUAUGGUUCGCUUCAUCGAAGAGCACAACGUCAAGCCGAUCGUCGACGACAAGACAUUCGAGCUCGCAGAGGCAAAGGCUGCCUAUGCGCGAUUGGAGGAGAAAAAGCACUUCUCGAAGAUUGUCAUCAAGAUUGACCACUGA